AUGUCAGACGCACCAUCAAAAAAUGCUGGAAAACGUGCACGAGUUUUCGACCUCAACGAAAUGAUGAAACAAACUUUGCAAAACGCUCCAAAAUCCGCCGAACUUCCAAGCUCAUCAACAAACUUCCCUUCACACUCGGAAAACUCAUCUUCCGCAGUUUCUGAAGCCGACGAUGACGACGACGAUUUUAUGCCAUUGCUUCCACCAAACUUCGGGCAGAAAAAAGAGGAGCCAAGUAGCAGCAAAGACGUGGAAGAGGAUGAUGAGGAAGGGGAUAGUGAUUUCGAUGAAUCGGAAGCGGUUUCAACGAUAAAAUUGAUUCCGGCAGCUUGCGAGGCAAAAAUCACGCAUGGCACACAAGGAAUCAGCGCGAUGCGAGUUGAACCAGCAGGAGUUCGAUUUGCCACAGGCGGUCUAGAUUAUUAUGUAAAAUUAUUCGAUUUUCAAAAAAUGGACAUGUCAAUGAGAUGUGAUAAAGAACUCUUACCUGCUGAAAGUCACAUUAUCAAUUCAAUGGCGUUUUCACCAAAUGGUGAAACCUUAGUUGUAGCCAGUGGUGAAGCAGUUAUCAGAUUGCUUGGUGAGCGAUUUCAUUUUCAAAAUGUUAUAGUUUGAUUUUGUAUAUAAUUAUUUUUUAGAUCGUGCUGGAAAACAAUGGUCUGAAACUGUUCGUGGUGAUCAAUAUCUUGUCGAUCUUAACAUUACAAAAGGUCAUACCGCCACAGUUAAUUGCGUCGAAUUCAAUCCUUUGAACAAGAGCGAAUUCUUAUCUUGCAGUGAUGAUGGAUCUUUGCGAAUUUGGAGUUUGGAAGAUCAUAAAGUUAUAACAAAAUGUAUUAAUAAACAUCGAAAAGUUAUCAAAACUAAGGGAGCAAACGGAAAACGUGUUAGCCCACAAGUUUGCACAUAUUCCCCGGAUGGAAAAUGGAUUGCUGCAGGUUGUGAUGAUGGAAGUAUACAGGCUUGGAAAUACGGUUCGCAAUAUGUUAAUGUUAAUUAUCUUGUACGAAAUGCUCAUAAUGGAUCGAUCACUUCAAUUGCAUUUUCACCAGAUUCUCGAAGAAUUUUGUCGCGUGGCUUUGAUGAUACUUUGAAAAUGUGGAGCAUGGAUAAUAAUAAAAAUGCGAUUCUAGUCAAGACUGGAUUGGAAAACGGAUUCAAAUCGACAGAUUGUGGAUUUUCACCGCGAGCAGAGCUGGUGUUUACCGGAACUUCUUCACCAAAUCGCGAAACUCCGGGUUCUCUGAUGUUCUUCGAUCCACAAACAUUUGAUUUGGUUUAUAAAAUCGAUUAUCCUGGAGUUUCUUGUCAUCGAAUAACUUGGCAUCCGAGAUUAAAUCAAAUUUUAUGCGGGUUGAGUGAUGGAACUAUUCAUAUUUAUUACGAUCAAAGUAUUUCGUCGAGAGGAGUUAUGUCAUGUGUGACGAAGCCUUUGAAGAGAAAUCGAGCGGCUGAAGUGGUUCGCGAGGAUAUGGUUUUAUCACGUGAGUUCUUCAAUGUUCUUCUAAAUCGCCACGUCAUAACUCUUGUUUUUUCAGCUCUCAGUCUCGAAAUGUUCCAACCACGUGGUGAAGAAGGUGAAGAAAAAGAGGUCACAGCUUGGAGACUCAAAAAAUAUCUCCGAAUGCAAGAUAACAAAUUACGUCCCGAAUUCCGUAAACCAGCUGAUAUGCCAAUUAAUGGAAAAAGCGCAAAUGGUCGAGUUGCGGCAAGUGGUGGAAGUUUGCAUAGUUAUUUGGCGAAACAAAUUGGAACUGCGAGAAAUGCCGAAUUUUUGAGAGAUACUGAUGUUCGAGCUAGUAUUUUGAAACAUGCUAAAGAUGUGAGUUGGAUUUUUGAAACAAAAAUAAUGAAGCCAAAAAAGUGUGACCCUGAAGUUUUGAAUUUCCAAAAAAAGUAUUUUCCAAUUCCCACAACUUUUCAGAUUUCCAACCCCAAACUCCUUAAAAAUCCCAUUUUAUUUUCAAAAAUUAAUUCCAGGCCGAAGAAAAUCCGCUGUACAUCGACAAAGCCUAUCGAAAAACGCAACCCAAAAAAAUCUUCCAAGAAACCGCUGUCGAACCAGAAGAUCAAGAUGAAGAAGAACUUCAGCCGGUUUUCAAAAUGCCAAGAACAAAGUGAAAAAUCGGACUGGAAUUGCGAAUUUUCAAUCGAUAAUUUCUGUAUUUUUUACCCUAUAAAAUAGAGUUUUUUCUCAAGUUCAAAUCUAAAAAUAAUUCGAUUCUGUUUUCGUCAGAGAUUUUCAAAUAUUUAUUUUUUCGAGUCAAAACCGGUCCUUUUUGGAGUUCCCUUUCUGUUGAAAAAUUUGAUCAAAGACAAAAAAGUGCAUGUUUUUUCGACUUGUUUUUGUUUCAUAAUGUGAUGAUGUGAGAUAAUUGUAUGUUUUUUUCAAACAAAAUUUUGAACAAAAAAGUGCAUGAUGAUUUUUGUGAGACGGUUAAAAGGAGGUGAAAAAUUGUAGUUUGAGGUUUUUUUGGUAAUUGAAAAUUUUUAUUCAAUAUUUUGGCCGCCAGAAAAUCCACGUGGCAGUGAAAUUUUUUCAGAAAAGUUUGAAUCUGAAAUAUUUCCACGUCACAACAUCCUCUAACUCUAUUUUUCCCCGCCGAAAUUUUUUCAAAAACAAUAAUUUUUCUCACCAUAAUUACCUAGUUUUCUUCGAAUUGUCAAGCCUUUUUCUUUUAUAUUUUGCAAGAAAAAGUGUCUACAACUUUACCAAAAAAACACUCCAAAAUCCCAAAUAACAACAAUUAUUUUAUUUGCAAGCCUAAAAUUUCGUUAGUUACCAGCCGAAAAAACCAGUUUUUGUCUUUUCGCCGAAAAAUGAAAAUAUCAAAAAAUAAAAUUAUUACUGCGAAAAAAACUUCUAGAAAAAAUAUAUCAAAUUUCUUGUGGUCAACAAUGGAUUUUUUUGUUCCGAACUUUUUCAUGGAAGUUUUUUCGAAGCCUAUAAAAUUGUUUUUGAUUUUCCGAAAAUUUCAGUUUUUAUUUUUCGUCAGAAAAAAACAACUUAUUUAUUUACUGUCUAGAAAACUGGAAUUUUUCUGUUUUCAAAAUUUUGUUCGAAAAAAAGUUAGAGGUCAUUUGACCAUGAAAUUUUAGUAUUUUUCAAAUCAUCAAUUUUUUCUUGAUUUCAAAUUUACUGCCACAUUAUAGUCGUGAAUCGAAACAAUUCAAGUCAUUUUUUUUGAAAAAGAAUUAGGUGAUUAAAUUUUUUUGAAAGAAAAACUUGAGCACCAGACUAUAGUGAAGGUAUGUUAUUUUCGAGAUAAAAAAUUCUGAUGUUUGAUUUUCGAGAAUGAAAAAAAAAAUUUUUGGGCCCAGAAUCCACGUCGCAAAUUUUGAAUUUGUGGUAGAAAAGUUAUUUAUUCUUAGAAAAUUUUUAAAACUUCUAUUCCUCUUUGAAAAACAAAAACUGUAUUUUAUAUCUGAAAAAUUCAAUAAAAAUUUGAAUAUCAGGCAAAAGCCACGUGGAAAACUCGAUUUUUCAUGCUCAAAUUUCGAUUCCUAUAUAAGUUUGAAAUCCAGAACCUUUUUAUGUUAAUUUUAAACUUCACAUUAAUCAACUCAAAAUUUAUCUACAAAUUUUGUUCUCGUGAUUCACAAAAAUAAUGUUCUCUCUCGCUCUCCCCGAGAAAAAAUCGAACAAACAUUCCUAUCGAACCAGACUAGAGUGUGGCCAAAGUGUUUUCUUCCGAAAAAUAGUUUUUUUUUUCUGGUCAACAUAGACCACAUUUGAAAAAGAUGACAAUUUUCUCUAACUCCCUGAACAUUUGUGAAAAAAAUACCUUAAUAACAAAGUUGUUUUCUCGUAACUUCUCAUAUUUUCCCUAUUUUCCCAACAAAAAAUCCUAUAAAAAAUCACUGUGUAAAUUGACCUUGAUUGACCAAAAUUGUUGUUUUUUUUUUUCAAAUUUUGUUUUUUGUCUCAAAUUAAUCACUUAGUUAGUUAGUUAGUUGUUUUCCACGUGGAAAACAAGACAAACUGAUAAAUUAAGUUUCAAUGUUUUGUUCUAUUCUAACCUCCUAGACACUGCAAAAAAUCUUUGUUUAUCAUACACAAGUUUUCUAUCGUGAUAACAAUUAUUUUUAUUUUUCUAUGCUCAUUCAUUUCUACCCAAACUCUAGCCCUUCUCAAUUUUUUCAGCCAUGCCUUCCUACACCGAACUCGUCGAAACGCAACGCAAAUUUUUCCGUAGCGGAGAAACGAAAUCCGUCAAGUUUCGCAAACAACAACUUACAAAACUCAAAUUGUUUUUGGAGGAAAAUCGAGAGGCAUUGACUGAUGCGGUUUGGAAGGAUUUGAGAAGAAGACAUGAAUCGACUGAUUUGUUGGAAGUUUCGAUGUGUAUUUCGGAAAUUGAGUAUUUUUUGAAGAAUUUGGAUGAUUGGGCCAAAGCGACACAUGUGAGUUUAGAUUUUUAAAUAAAAACAUUUUCAAAAAAAAAUCUAAUAAAUUACCAUUAGAAAUUAAAUCUGAAUUUUCAGAAAAUUUCAGUUUAAAAACUGAAAUUUAGGAACCUCUUUUGUUGAACCUUGAAACUUUUGGAACAUUUUUACAAUCUUCAAAACAGAGUUCCGCACAAAAACAGUUGUUUUGAAACUCAAGCCGGGUAGUGUCAAAAUUUUGCUUCAAAACCGUUUCAAGCUCACAGUUUAAACAGAUUUUUGUCAUUAACACUCUUAACAAAAACGGGUUGGUAGAGUGUUCUGUAGAAACCCACUUAGGAUUUACCCUAUCCUGAACAAAACACAUUAGUUUGUUCUUUGAUUAUACCACAAACACUUUUCACAGUCUUCCAAAUAUCAGUUUCAAUCACAGUUGAGAUUUGAACAGUGCUUUGCUAUACUCGAGUAUCAAAAAGAGUGUUUCAUGCACAACAAAAUUAACACUGUUUCAAAAAUUUGUGCAUGAAACCGAGUAAUGACACUGUUUCGUAUUAUAAGAUUCAUGAAACAUCACAUUUUUUAAAAUGUUUUUUGUGAUGUUUUUCUCUGAUAUUUUCUGAAAUUGUGUUGAUUUUGCAUAUCCUAACAAUUUUUAAUCAUCAAAAGUAAGAAUAAAAAUGUGAUGUUUCAUGAAUCUUAUAAUACGAAACUGUGUCAUUACCCGGUUUCAUGCACAAAUUUUUGAAACAGUGUUAAUUUUGUUGUGCAUGAAACACUAAUUUGAUACUUGGGUUUCGAGUGCUUGUUGUUUCACACUUGACAUGCAUGAAACCUCACAAAAUUAAAGAGGGUUUGAAUGUUUUUUGUGCAAGUAUGUCAACAUUUUAGCUUCAAUCAGAGGUCAGCGUAAAUGUUCAGCUGAAAUAUGAACAACCGAAUUUGAAACACGUGUUCAAACCGCAAGUUUCAAUCUUAGAACGGCUGAAACUUGGAUGUCAAGCUUUGCUUUGAAGCAGCUUGACGGAACAAUUGUUUCAGUUCUGCUUCGGGGCGACACUCUGCUUCAAAACUUGCCCAUAAAUAUUCAAGGGCUAAGGCUCAAAUUUUUUCGUAAAAAUUUUUAUCAUCUCAAACUAUUGUCUAGUUUAUAAACAAUUUUUUUUUCAAAAAAAAUCUUCCGAUAACAAAAAUCAUCAGAACAAACUAUGCACAAAAAUUAUCAAUCGGCUCAAAAAAUCAAGUGUAACUCAUAAUUUUGCAGGUCGAGAAAACCUUCGUCACCGCUCUCGACAAACCUGUCAUCGAAAAAGAUCCAAAAGGAGUUGUCCUGAUUGUUUCACCAUGGAACUAUCCAGUUUCAAUGAUUGUUCUUCCAUUAAUUCCAGCGUUGGCUGCAGGAAACACAGUAAUUGUUAAACCAUCAGAACUCUCUGAAAAUGUUGCGGCAACUUUCGAAAAACUUAUUCCAAAAUAUUUCGAACCAAAUUACAUCUCAAUUGUUACUGGAGCAAUUCCAGAAACAACUGAAUUGCUAAAAGAGAGAUUCGAUCAUAUUUUAUAUACUGGAUGCCCACCAGUCGCUAAAAUUAUUAUGGCCGCUGCGGCGAAACAUUUGACACCUGUGACUUUGGAACUCGGUGGAAAAUGUCCGGUUAUUGUUGAAAGUGAUGCAGAUAUCGAUUUAUCAGCGAAAAGAGUUGCUUGGGGAAAAUGGGUGAAUUGUGGACAAACUUGUUUGGCACCCGAUUAUGUUAUGGUUCAAAGUGAUGUUAAACCAAAGGUAAUUGGAAUUUGGAAAUGAAAAUUUAAAAAAAAACGUGGCCCAAAUUUCGAAAUUAUUACAAAACGUGAACUUUUCUUAUCAAAUACUAAAAUCCAUUUCCUGAUUUAUUUCUGUUUCAAAUGAACCCUCAAAAAUUUGCAGUUCAUCCAAUCGAUGACCAAAUAUUUGCGAGAAUUCUAUGGAGAUGAUGUGAAAGCCAGCAAAGACUAUGCCAGAAUCAUAAAUCAAAGACACUUCGAGUAAGAAACUCUCCCUCUAUUUAUUUAUUAGUCUCAAUUUUCAGUCGAAUUUCCAAACUUCUCGAUGAAACCAAAGGUGCACAAUUGAUUGGAGGAGAACGUGAUCGCGCUGAUCUCUUCAUCCCACCAACUGUUCUCGAUGUCGAGAAAACCGAUGUUUUCAUGCACGAUGAGAUCUUUGGACCAGUCUUGCCAAUUAUCACCGUCAAAAAUCUUUCGGAAGCCUUGGAAUUCAUUGCGGAUGGUGAAAAACCAUUGGCCGCUUAUAUUUUCACACGAAAUGAGGCGAAAGUUAAAAGAUUGGUGACUGAAACUAGCAGUGGUGGAAUCACUGUGAAUGAUGUUUUGAUGCAUAUGACUGUUGAUACUUUGCCAUUUGGUGGAGUUGGAGUUUCCGGAAUGGGAAGAUAUCGCGGAAAAUUCGGAUUCGAUACUUUCACACACGAAAAAGCUGUUUUGCAUAGAGGAUUCUUUGGUGAAUCGUUGUUGAGGUAUUUGAAAAUUAGGAUUCGAAAGCAAAAUAUAAUUUUGCAGCUCUCGCUAUCCACCAAUGAGUCAACAGAAAUUGGCACAAAUGAAACGCCUUACCGGAAAACGAGUUUCGCUUAACAUUUUGAACGUUGCAACUCUUCCAGUUGUAUUUGUUUCCGUUCUUUUCGGAAUGAUUGUUCAGGUAAUCCUAUCCCGCUUUUAAUUUUCAUUUAAGUAAUUUCAAACUCAGAAGAAGAAACCCAGCUAGCUUGCUUGAAUUAGUAACCAUUGAGACAUUUUUUUCCAGAAAUGUACUAACCAAAACCGUCAGGAAUAGUGCAAAAAUACGUGUAUGUUUGUCCACCCGCUUUUUCUUCCACCAAACUAUUAUUUACGAGCUUCCCUAUGUUUUUUCUAUUAUUUAGAAUCAGAUUUUCAUUUUAAAUUCCUAAUUCGUUUUCAGUAUCUCCUUCUCCUUCAUUGAUUUCGCCUCAAAAAACAAAAAAAACAAAAGAAAAAAAUAAAAGAUAACAUUUGGUAUACGGUAGUUGGUUGGUGUUUGCACACACUGUUGUGCGGUCAAUGUACACGGUCACGUAUUUUUGCACACUUUAAUAUUUUUCUUUUUUUCACCCUGGAAAACCCAUUUUAUGAUUUUGUUUGAAAGUAGUGUAACUUGUAAAUAGUAGUAGAUCUAACAGGGAAUCUGGGUUCAAUUUUUAAACUAGUCAACGCCCCGAUUUUCAGAAGUAUACUCGAGCUCUACAUUGA